AUCAAGCAACAGAGCCGAUUACUAAUACGUCAAAGCGAAAACAGUAGGAGGAGCAGCAUUUUUUAGGGGGUGUUGAGUUGUUGAAGCUCACUUCCUGUCACGGCUACAUGCGUUUCGAUCUUCUCCACAAAGCUUCCAACCUGUGAAGCAGCGGCACAUGACCAUGUCCUCUCCAGAGGUUACUUCGGUGGCCUGGGGUCAUAUGACGGUAAAAGGCUGCUCCUCCACCUACAAGGACUGUAAGGUGUGGCCCGGUGGAAGCCGAACCUGGGACUGGCGUGAGACUGGGACAGAGCACCACCCGGGAGUCCAGCCUGCUGAUCUGCAGGAGGUGCUGGACAAAGGAGCAAAGGUGCUGGUGAUUGGCCGAGGCAUGAACAUGGCCCUGCAGGUUCCCGCCUCCACAUUGGACUGUGUGGCAAAGCGGGGGGUGGACGUCCGAGUCCUGCAGACGGAACAGGCUGUCGCUGAAUACAACGCACUGGCUAGACAGGGCAUCAAGGUGGGCGGGGUUUUCCACUCCACCUGCUGAAGUCAACGUUCCUUGAAGACACCUGAGCUUCGCGCUGGGAUGAAAGCGGCCUAAUCUAGUCUUCAUCUCCGCUUGCGGAAAUCAUUUUGACUUUUACACACGGAAUUCACGCUCUCUCCAUAUGAAGGCAGGAUAUAUUUACAAUAAAAAAUAUCGGUGACAUUAC